AUUCAAUGCAAUGUACAGGCAACAAAAAAAAGGUGUUUGCCUCAACUCAUCAACCCUGCAGGCCUUCGUUUCCCAAGCAUUUAACCCUGCACACAGGAUGGAGAGUUUUCAAACCUCCACAUGCAUGUUGCAGAGCAGAUUCAGUCUUUGCUGGAUCGUCUGGAGAGGAGAGUAAGACGUGGCCUGCAGAGUUGUUUUUAUCAGAGCGUCAGGAGAGAAGUGAGUGAUGCAGAGAGAUAGAGAGCUGUUUGACGGACAGCACGGCACACGUGAAGUUAAACAUCAAAUGUGAAAGACAGAGGAUGCAACAGGCUGGGGAAACACAGAGAGACACAUCCAUCUGCUCAGAAUGAGUGGAACUCCAACACAGCUUGAGCCUCAGCUAUCGGUCCAGCCAUCGUCACAGCCAGAACCUGAGGGGGGGCUCCAGCCUCCAUCUUUGUUGCAGCCGCCCGUCCCCACCCAGGAUCCCCCCCACACCACCCAGAUCCAUCAAACCCAGAUCCAUCAAACCCAGAACCAUCAAACCCAGAUCCAACAAACCCAGAUUCAACAGACCCAGAUCCAGGAGUCUAACCCCGGGCUCCAGCACCAAGUAAAGCCCGUGUGGAUAAACCAUAGGAGGCUGCUUCUCUUCGGCUUCUCCUUAUGUGCUGUUAUUCUGGGACUUAUUUACUAUACGCAUCAUAACCCUCAACACAGGAGGACAAGCCAGGAAAGCAAAGUGACUCCCUGUCUCUCCCCCGCCUGUCAGUGGGCCUCGGCCCGUCUGUCCUCCUCUGCUGAUCCCUUCACGCAGCCCUGCGAUUACUUCCUGUCCAGCUGUGGGUCUGACCGACUGCCACCAGACGGCGGGGGGAGGCUGAGGGGUCAGGGCAUCCCCGGACAUCCACAGAACCCCAAGGAAGAGACAGCGUGGACAGAGAGGAGAGGACAGAGUGCAGACAGAGACAACAGAGGACUGAGAGAGGAGGAAACCCUGGACAGAAAGACUGUGCUGCUGCAGUAUCUCAGGGGGAUUCUGGAAUCGAACCACAGUGCAGGCAGUGCAGCCGAGCAGAAGGCCAGAGGAUUCUUCCACUCCUGCCUGGACACCAGAUCGAUAGAGACAGCUGGAGCAGAGCCCUUCCUCACGCUCAUUCAGAAACUGGGCGGCUGGGCGGUGUCAGGUCAGUGGAAUCGGACCGAUUUUAACUCCACCCUGAGCCUUCUGAUGAGAGACUACGCCACAUUUCCCUUCUUCAACCUGUACGUGGGCAAAGACCCAAAUGAAACGCCCCCUGGAUCGACCAAGAGAUACAUACAGAUUGAUCAGCCGGACCUGUUGUUCCCCAUCGAGUGGAACAGCAGGACACUGAAGUCUCAAGCUAACACUCAGACGCUGCGCCCCUUCCUGGCGUCCUGUCAGAGGUACCUGGCCCUGCUGGGUGCCCCGCCCAACAGCAGCAUGCUCCACGUGUGGACUUUCAUCUCUCUGUCCUCUGAGCUGGCUGUGGCUGCUGCUCCUCUGCAGCACCGCCUGGCCUCAGGGCAGCUGUACGAGCGCAUCACCCUCCGAGAGCUGCAGACCAAGGCCCCUGCUAUAGACUGGCUGUCCUGUCUGCGGGCGGCUUUCCACCCGCUGCCUCUCACCGAGGACGACCAUGUGCUUCUGCAUAACUCCCUCUACAUCCAGCAAAUGUCCCGCAUCAUCAGCAAAUGGCUGAAGAAGCAUGAGCCGAGCACCAGCCCCCUUCAUACCUUCAUGGUCCUCAACCUGCUGCACACCCUGAUGCCUGCGCUGGACUCCAGGUUCUCAGACACAGAGAAUAACUUGUCCGUGGCUCUGGGGCACACUGAAGGGGUAGCCCCUCGCUGGAAACGCUGUGUGUUAGAGACUGAGAGAGGGUUUCACUCAGUGCUCACACACCUUCUCAGUGAGAAGACAGCACACAGGGAGGCAGAGGAGAUUAUUCAAAAUAUCUUCUCCUCCUUCAAGUCCAAAUUACAUGAACUCAAUUGGACAGAUCCGAAGUCUUUCCAGUCCGUCAUGAAGAAGGUUCAGUCUUUAACUCCAAGACUUUGGACGACAAAUGAGACCUCCACUGAGGCUGUGAUUGACCAGCUUUUUUCUGAGGUGACCGGAGACACACGCGGCUUCUUCUCCAACUACGUCCAGCUCCUGUCGAUGUGGCAAAAGAGACGAAGUCAACUCCUGGCAGAGCAGGCGGAGGCGGCUGAUAUUCUGUCUGUCACACCAAUUCUCCUCGGUGACGAGCUCCUCUUCCCCAUGGGAAUGUUUGUCCCUCCUCUCUUCCAUCCUAGCUAUCCCAGGGCAAUGAAUUAUGGUGUACUGGGUUUCCUCUUUGCCAAAGAUAUCCUCCACCUGAUUCUGCCUGACAUUUCCUCUCAGAGUGACACGGUGCUUGCGGUGGGGGAGUGUGUGUGGGGUCACUACCUCACUGUGACAGAAGGUGCAGCGUUUACUCUGUCAGCAGCGCAGCAGCAGGAGCUGUGGCUGCAGUACUCUGCUCUGAAGAUCACUCUGCAGGCUUAUCGUCAGAGUCUGAGGAACGAUCCGAGUGACACCUCCAUCUCAGGACUGUCACACACUCGUCUGUUUCUCACUUCUUUCUCUCAGGUGAACUGUGACUCCGACCCGUACCGUGAGUUCAUGCCGCUGGAGUCCUCCUUCCUGAUCACAGUGAUUUGUGCCGAGUCGGACCUGUGUCCUGCAGGCCUGCAGUGCCCCAAUCAGACCCAGCAGCACUCAUUAGACACAUGCUGAGGAGGGUUUGUUUUCUAGUUUUAUAUUAUAAUGGAUUGUCUGAUAAAACUAACUAUCCGCUGCAGAACCUAAGCACACUGUGAUUGUUUACAAAAAAUUAUUACAAACAUGUUAUUACAUAUAACAGACAUUUAUGGUGGACAUUUUUGUAUCAAUAGUUGUUAAUAUGUUUGGAUUUUCAAUAAAUUGCACAAGAUGUUACACAAGUUCAA